AUGCUCUCCACGAUUCCACAUCAAAUCAUCACUCAGCAAGCGGAGAACACCACUGUAACUUGGCCUGUCAUCCCCACUGCAUUGAGGAGUAAGAGGAGGAACUACAACAGGCAAAUGCGGAGAACACUGCGGAGAAACCAAGCGGUAACAAGGCCACCAUCGUCAAGAACACGGCUCAGCUCUCCAAGAUCCCACGUCAUAUGCUCUCCACGGUUCCACAUCAAAUCAUCACUCAGCAAGCGGAGAACACCACUGCAACUUGGCCGUUCCACAUCAAAUCAUCACUCAGCAAGCGAAGAACACCACUGCAACUUGGCCUAUCAUCCCCACUACAUUGAGGAGCAAGAGGAGGAACUACAACAGGCAAAUGCGGAGAACACUGCGGAGAAACCAAGCGGCAACAAGGCCACCAUCGUCAAGAACACGGCUCAGCUCUCCAAGAUCCCACGUCAUAUCAGUCAUCCACUCAAGGAGGAGCAAGAGGAGGAACUACAACAGGCAAAUGCGGAGAACACUGCGGAGAAACCAAGCGGCAACAAGGCCACCAUCGUCAGGAACACGGCUCAGCUCUCCAAGAUCCCACGUCAUAUGCUCUCCACGGUUCCACAUCAAAUCAUCACUCAGAGAAAAAUACUGAAGCGGAGAACACCACUGCAACUUGGCCUGUCAUCCCCACUAGAGGAGCAAGAGGAGGAACUACAACAGGCAAAUGCGGAGAACACUGACGGAGAAACCAAGCGGCAACAAGGCCACCAUCAGGAGGAACUACAACAGAAUGCAAAUGCGGAGAACACUGCGGAGAAACCAAGCGGCAACAAGGCCACCAUCGUCAGGAACACGGCUCAGCUCUCCAAGAUCCCACGUCAUAUGCUCUCCACGGUUCCACAUCAAAUCAUCACUCAGCAAGCGGAGAACACCACUGCAACUUGGCCUGUCAUCCCCACUGCAUUGAUAUGGUACAUCACUGCAAUGACGUCACAAGAGGAGGAUCUACUGCGACGAUCACAGUCAAUUGGGCCUCUGCAGGAGGGACAUCGGACGAUGCAUAUUUGGACGAAUUGA